UUAAACUUAAUUUGAUCGAUCAAAGCUCCAGCCAUGGAGACUCCUCAUAGAAACUGCAACAGGAGACUUUGCAGGAUCCUACUGCUGCUUUGUUUAACAAUGGCUGCUCUUCUCUUCACUCAAUGUGAUGCAAGAAGAUCAAUGGGGCUAACAAGGAAGGAUAGAAAACAUUCAAGAAGUUCAAUCAUCAAGUCCUCAAAGAAAUUGAGAGUAAUCAAGCACGACGGUGAUCCAUCGUCGAACACCGGACCUUAUGGUGUGAGUUCUCCAUUUUCUUUGCCACCCUUUGAUUCACUAGCUCCAAAUCCCUUGCCUGAAAAUGCUCCUCCAUAUUGCAUUUAUCCUCCGUUCACUCCUCAAGUACCACAGGGGCCUCCUUCUGCAACUCUUCCAUCCCCUGUAGGAUACACACCAACAACCCCCUAUAUCCCUCCAAUUCUCCCUAUUCAAAGCCCACCUCCAAGUCCCACAGGUUCAGAGCCGAGCCCAUCCGGACCUUUUCCGACCCCUAGUCCACCCGAAUCCUCUGUUCCUAGCCCCCCGGAAGCACUACCUAGUCCAUACAUCUACGUUCCAAGCCCACCAGGGUCCGUAUUGAGCCCACCUUUUUAUGAGCCUAGCCCACCUUCAGGUUCUACCCCAAGCCCACCGUCUUCCGUUCCAUCUCCCACUGGGUUUGUUCCAAGCCCACCGUCUUCCGUUCCAUCUCCUACUGGGUUUGUUCCAAGCCCACCAGUGUUUCUACCCCCAAUAGUGUACCCUCCACCCAUAGUGCCACCAUCUCCGAAAAAAAGCCCAAACAUUGCACUUUGGUGUGUUGCCAAGCCAUCAGUGCCUGACCCAAUCAUCCAAGAAGCUAUUAAUUACGCUUGUGGGUCGGGUGCCGAUUGCGAUACGAUUGAGUCCAGCGGGCCAUGUUUUGAGCCCAAUACAGUUUACGCCCAUGCUUCUUAUGCCUUCAAUAGCUAUUGGCAAAGAAACAAGGUUGCUGGUGGUACAUGCUCAUUUGGAGGCACAGCCAUGUUAGUCACUGUUGAUCCAAGCCAUGAUGGGUGCCAUUUUGAUUUCUAUUGAUUAGAGAGGAGUUGAAGAAAAAUAGAAGGAUGAUUUCUCAGCACAAAAGUAAAUUUUGUAUAGUAAAUUAUGCAAAUUAGAUUUUGUGAGGGUGAUCCCAUAUAUGUUUAGGUUUAGGAUUCAAAGUUUUUGUUUUGGAUCAUAAGGAUCGAUUAACCUCUUUGUAUUAAGGUUAUAAACUGCAUUAUUGCAGUACUUUAGACAUAAAUAUUGUUCAUUGUUAUAUCAACAA